GUAGAGGUUGGAGACAUGGAGGAUGAAGAUCCAAACCAACAGGAGCAUGAUGGCACCCCUUCUCAGAUGUCCCCACUUGAGGUGGAAGCCCGUGGCUACACCCUAUUCAGAGUCUUGGACAGAGAGUUCAUGAUCAAGGUGAGCAAGCGCCGGUGGGCGGUGGUCCUGGUGUUCAGCUGCUACUCCAUGUGCAACGCCUUCCAGUGGAUCCAGUACGGCUCCAUCAAUAACAUCUUCAUGAACUUCUACGGGGUCAGUGCCUUUGCCAUCGACUGGCUGUCCAUGUGCUACAUGCUGGCCUACAUCCCUCUGCUCCUGCCGGUGGCCUGGCUCUUGGAGAAAUUUGGCCUGCGGACCAUCGCCCUCACUGGCUCCGCUCUCAACUGCCUGGGAGCCUGGGUGAAGCUGGGCAGCCUGAAUCCACGUCUCUUCCCAGUCACGGUGCUGGGCCAGGUCGUCUGCUCCGUGGCCCAGGUCUAUUCCGUCUGGUUCGGGGCUAAUGAGGUGUCAACCGCCUGCUCCAUAGCUAUCUUUGGCAAUCAGCUUGGAAUUGCCAUUGGGUUCUUGGUCCCUCCCGUCUUGGUACCCAACAUCAAAGACCAGGACAAGCUUGCCUACCACAUCAGCAUCAUGUUCUACAUAAUAGCAGGUGUGGCCACUCUGCUUUUCAUCCUUGUCAUCAUAGUGUUCAAAGAGAAGCCUAAACAUCCUCCAAGCAGGGCCCAGUCCCUGAGCUAUGCCUUGGCGUCUACUGAUGCUUCGUACUUAAGUUCCAUCAUCCAACUCUUCAAAAACCUCAACUUUGUGCUGCUAGUCAUCACCUAUGGUCUGAAUGCUGGUGCUUUUUAUGGCUUGUCCACUCUGCUGACUCGCAUGGUGAUCUUCCACUACCCGGGGGAAGAAGUGAAUGCUGGAAGAAUCGGCCUGACCAUCAUCCUUGCAGGAAUGCUUGGGGCUGUGAUCUCAGGCAUCUGGCUGGAUAGGACCAAAACCUACAAGGAGACAACUUUGGUGGUGUAUAUCAUGACUGUGGUGGGCAUGGUGGUUUACACAUACACCUUGAACCUGGGACACUUGUGGGUAGUAUUCAUCAUGGCUGGCACAAUGGGAUUCUUUAUGACUGGCUACCUCCCACUGGGGUUUGAGUUUGCCAUGGAGCUGACAUACCCGGAAUCAGAAGGCAUGUCGUCUGGCCUCCUCAACGUGUCUGCCCAGGUAUUCGGGAUCAUCUUCACCAUCUCUCAGGGCCAGAUUAUCGACAACUAUGGAACCAUGCCUGGGAACAUCUUCCUGUGUGUCUUCCUGACCCUUGGAGCGGUGCUCACUGCAUUCAUCAAGGCAGAUCUCCGGAGGCAGGAUGCAAACAAAGAAAUUCCUGAGACUAAACCCCAGGAGGGGGAGGAGGAGGAGGACAGCAAGAGCAGCAAAGCCCCCACCACUGUGCAGGAGGAGCAUUUCUGAGAGAGAGCGGAGGAGCGACUCGGGGGACUCGGACCGCCACCACCUCUCCAGCCAGCACAGCUCUGCCUGCCAGCCCCACGGCCUUCACCGAGCAGCUUCUGGGGGAACUGGGAGGAACAUCUGUGUCUUGUAGGAUAGUGCCUCUGCCUCCUGGAACCCACUCUAGAGCUUGCCCUGUCUCCGUGGGGCAGAUGCCCUUUCCACCACACAGGUUGGGGCCCCGCCCUCCCCCUGCAGGUUCUGGGAGCUGGGGAGGCAGAGAGAAUCCUGGAGUCAGUCCUGGCUGCUGCCUCACCUUCCUGCUCCAGUCCAUCUCUUGGGACAAAGCCUGCACAUUAUCCCGAAAGAAAGCUUAUUCAGGAGAUUAACGUUUUCUAGUGUCUGAAGACCCUUAGGAGCCCAGUUUUAAGGAGCAGCAGCUGCUCUGGACGAGGGUCAUUCUUGGGCCCCCAGACUGACCACUGAGAUUCUGUGGGAGAGCAAACACCCUCAGGACAAACCCCUCAGGACUCUGGGACCAGGUUCUUCUGGCUCAUGUUGCGAAUGUCUGCAAACCCUCUCUCCUCAGAGCUGAUCAAACCAAACAUCAAUAAACUUGAUAAAAACA